CAUUUUUGGAGCCUACCUGAGUCUUGCUCUAUAUAUUUAGACAAUAUUUGAGGUUGGAGACUGGAAACAGUACUACCAAAGUAAAUCCAACACUACUUUUUCAGCUCAGGGGCAUUAAAGCAUAAUGGCUCUCUCUUCUGUUAAUGAAGCGAUUGCACUCAUGUCCUAUUUGAGUGUUGAAGAAAUGUCGAUCAAGGGCGAAGAACCCCCUCUCGAGUUCAUCGUUAAAGAUUCUACCUUUGGAUCUAUUGAGUCUUCUGUAUCCUUGGUUUCCAUUCCCAUCAUCAAUAUCAUCCUCUUCUCUUCCCCAUCUUCAUCACAUCUUGAUCCCAAACAAGUUGAGGAUGAACUUGACAAACUCAGAUCAGCUCUGAGCUCUGCGGGAUUCUUCCAGGCAAUUGGUCAUGGGAUUUCAAGUUCAUUUCUUGACAAAGUACGCGAAGUUACAAAACAAUUCUUCGCUCUACCAGUGGAAGAAAAGCAAAAGUACGCCCGAGCAGAGAAUGAGGGUGAAGGGUAUGGAUAUGAUGUUGUAGUGUCAGAAAAGCAAGUUCUUGACUGGUCCUAUCGCCUUGCUCUUAAUGUAUUUCCAGAAGACCAAAGAAGGCUUGAGCUUUGGCCCGAAAACCCAACUCACUUUGGAGAGAUCUUUCAUGAAUAUGGAACAAGGAUAAAGUCUGUGAUGGAGCUUCUGUACAAGGCCAUGGCAAAGUCAUUGAAGUUGGAAGAGGAUAGCUUCUCAAAACAAUUUGGAGAGCGUGCAUUGAUGCAAACCAGGUUUAACUACUAUCCACCUUGUUCCAGACCCGAUCAGGUUCUUGGCCUCAAACCUCAUACAGAUAAGUCAGGAAUUACAGUGCUCUUGCAAGAUGGAGAAGUAGAAGGUCUUCAAGUUUUCAUAGAAGACAGAUGGGUUAGAAUCCCUUCAAUCCCCGAUGCUCUUCUUGUGAACCUUGGUGAUCAAAUGCAGAUUAUGAGCAACGGGAUAUUCAAGAGUCCAGUGCACAGGGUUGUGACCAACUCAGAGAAGAUGAGAGUAUCAGUGGCAACGCUCAGUGAGCCAGAGCCAGAGCGAGAGAUUGGACCUGUGGAUUGCUUGAUAGACGAGAAGAGGCCGAGGUUGUAUAGAAAUGUGAAGAACUAUGGAGCUAUAAACUAUAAGUGUUAUCAGGAAGGGAAGAUAGCUCUUGAAACAGUGAAGAUUUAAGUAUGUGGAAACCGGGAAACAAGAAUAAAAUCCAACAAGUUUAAACCUAGAAUAAAAUCCAAUAAAAGUUUACUUCUUCCAA